CUCUUUGGAGGGAACAUGCGAGAGCUCUCCACGGUGGCAGAGCUGUGGCAGAUCACAUCGGUGGUCUCGCUGUCCUCAGGCCUGGCUGUGGCCUCUCGGCAGGCUGGACAGCCCGGAGGUGCCCGCCUGACUCUGCCCCCACCCCCCAGCGAGGCGGGGUGGCCCCCGGACUCCUCCUCCGGCCGCUCAGGCGCCUCCAAUGAGCCCCGGGGGCACCCAGGCUGCCUGCCCUGCCCUUCUCUGCCUUCCCUUCCUGUCCCUCUCAUUCUUCCAUCUGAAAAUGGGACAGAAGAGCCAGGUCGUCGGACCGGGGCUGCCUUCCUCCCUCGCAACUUCUCCUCCCUUCCCCGGCUCCGGCUGCAGACUCGCCUCGACGGUCGGAGAAGGGACCCCGCAGUCCGGCGGGGACAUCACUGGGAACCUCACCUUCCCCCUGGUGUCAGUCACUCUCCUGGUGUCUUUUGGCUCCUCCAUGCUCUAUGGCUACAACCUGGCUGUGGUGAACUCACCAGCAGUGUCUCCAUCUUCGCCCUGGGUGGACUGGUGGGCUCCUUGCUGGUGGGUGUGCUGACAGAGCGAUACGGCAGGAAUGUUGUGCUGAGCCGCAGCACUCUCCUCGUCCUCCUGGCCAGCAGCUUCGUGGGCUUCAGCAGGGAGCUGGGGUCUCCUGAGAUGGUAAUUGUCGGCCGCUCCAUCAUGGGGCUUCACUCAGGUAUCUGUCUCAGCGUGGUCCCCCUCUACCUGGGAGAAAUUGCCCCCAAGAACCUGCGGGGUUUUUUGGGCCUUGUGCCCAGCAUUUUCAUCUGCCUGGGGGUUUUCUUCGCGCAGGUCCUGAGCCUCCCGGAGCUGCUGGGCAAUGACAGGUUCUGGCCCCUUUUCCUGUCAAUGGGGGUUGUUCCUGCCUCCCUCCAGCUCCUGCUGCUGCACUGCUUCCCCGAGAGCCCGCGGUACCUGCUGAUAGAGAGGAAUGACAUCUUCGGGGCCACUGCGGCGCUGCACCGGUUCCUGGGGACACCCAAUGUGCAGGAUGUGAUUGAGGAAAUGAAGGAGGAGCAGCAGUCACUCUCCUCCAUGGAGAUGGUCUCUGUCUGGCAGCUGCUGCGGGACCGCUCCGUCCGCUGGCAAACCCUCUCGGUGGUGGUGGUGAACGCCGGCAUGCAGCUCUCAGGGAUUGAUGCCAUCUGGUUUUACACCAACACCAUCUUUGAGAAUGCCGGGAUCCCAGCAUCCCAGAUCCCCUACACCAUCAUGGGCACUGGCGCCACUGAAGUUGUUGCUGGGCUGAUCGGGUGCUUCACCAUUGAGAAGCUGGGCCGGAGGCCACUCAUCAUCACUGGGUUCUGCACCAUGGGCAUCUGCUUGGCUGGCAUCACCAUCUCCCAGCUGCUGCAGACUGCCCUGCCCUGGAUGUGCUAUGUCAGCGUCACCUGUGUGGUUGGCAUCAUCGCUGGUUUCUGCAUGGGACCAGCCGGCGUCCCCUUCCUGAUGACAGCCGAGCUCUUCACGCAGUCACACCGCCCAGCUGCCUACAUCGUGGGGGGGUCCCUCAACUGGCUCUGCAACUUCACCAUCGGCUUCGUAUUCCCCUUCUUGCAGAUGUCAGCUGGUGCCUUUUGCAACCUGAUUUUCUGUGGCAUCUGCUUCCUGGUGGCCUUGUACGUCUACCUAAUUGUCCCUGAGACCAAGAACAAAACCUUCAUGGAGAUCAGCCACAUCUUCGCCACUCGUCGCUCCUUCUUCUCCAUCCCAUCCUGCCUCAUCGGGAUGAUGAAGUUCAGUGGCUACGGGGCCUUGGAGAGCAUGGAGGGUUCAGGCUCGGGCUCCAGCCUGCCCUGACCUGCCCCCCCACCUCCAACUGUGGGACCCCUGCCCUGUGUGGGUUGUGGGGGACAAGAGUGGCAGAGGAGGCUCAGGGCUGGGGAAAAAAGUUGAGAGCCAGUUUGCUCGAACUUGGCCAGCUCUGUCUUCCAGGACCCCUCCCCACACCACAGCCUGUGGCCAGGAUGUUCUCUGGUGGCGUGCCAGGGCUGCACCGACCGCUGCGGAUCACCCCCGUGCUGGAAGAGAUGCCCUCCCAGAGGCAGUGUGACCUCCUGGGGCAGGGGGUUCACAUCACUUCUGGGCACAUGGACUUGCCAAAAGCUGCCCACACAAGGUGUGUAAUAAAGAGUGUUGCCUCCA